CCGAUCCGACCGAUGCCGUGCCGCUCUCGUAUCUGCAGAACUGGGUCAGCAACGGGAUCGCAUCGAGACAGACGGCAGACUACUACAUUGCCACCGCACCCACUCUCGACACCAACACCAACCAGUACUAUUACGUCCAGUUUAGCAUCGACUCGGUCGUCGUCCUCCUCGGCCAGACCAUCUUUUGUGCAGCCACCAGCCAGAUCCUGACCGUCCAGACGCUCUCCACCAACAUGUAUGUCGACAACCCGGCUGCGCUGCCCAACCAGACUCUGGUCUACAUCCAGUCCGGCACGCAGUAUGGGAAUACAUCAUGGCUGGUGGAUUCGUCGGGCGUUCACCAGUGCUCGUCGGGGGACAGCUUGGCUGUGGCCGGCAAUGGUCUCGUCGCUUCCGGCAAGCAGCUCUCGGUGCAGGUCCAGGAUUCGUCGCUGAUUGCUGCUCCAAGCGGUCUGCGGGUUGCAGACACCUUUGCCGGCGAGGGCCUGACGCUUUCCGGCGGCACCCUCUCUGUCUCCUCCAUCACCCAUCUCGAUGCCGUCGGCACCAUCACCGCGGGAAAAUGGCAGGGCCAGGCCGUCGGACUCGCUUAUGGAGGCACAGGGUCGUCUUCGCUCGCUGCAAACUUCCUACUCGCAUCCGAUGGCUCCAAGAUCAAUGCCAAUGGCCCAUGGUUUGACGCUGGUCGGCAGCUCAUGGCCAUCAACUCGUGGAAUCCAGCGGGACCCACUGCACCGGAUGGGGUCGGGUUGCAGCUGCUCAACAGAGACCUGCAGAUCGUCGGCGGCCAGCUCAUCUUUGGAACCAGCGGUGUCGUGCUCUCGGCCAGCAGCGAUGUGUUGAGUCUCGGGAACUUGGCUCGGACCAAGAGUCUCCGGCUCAUCACCAGCACGCCGAAUCCGGGGAUUGCAUGGAUCGACACCACUACCCCCGGCAACGAUCUGUCCAUUCUCUUUGACAUUGCCAAUGCCCGUGCCAUCUGCCCCAAUCUCUCUCUGCCCAGCUCCAUUGUCUUUUCCGGCGGGGCUCAGCUCUCCACUAGCACCGGAGGCUCUACGGUCCAGUGCAAUGUGCCGCUGGUGAUCGAGAGCGGCAUCGAGAUCAACUCGUCCGCCAUCCAGAACGUCACAUCCAUCACCACCCCUGCUAAUGCAUCACUGGCUCUGACGGGUGCCCCUGUGUCGAUUGCCACUUCGCUCACCUGCCCGUCCUUUAUUGCCCCGUCGGGGGGUACCAUCCAGUUCAGUGCAAACCAGCUGGCCUUUGACCAGCCAUUGACUUUGAGUUGUCCAUCGCCCCUGACGCUCUCGGUGGUGGCAUCCCCCUUGCACAUCCAGGACACGACCAGCCCCACAAACACCAUCGCCUUGACCAACACCAGCAACGUACUCGAGCUCUCGGGCGGGCUGGCGACCAGUGAUUUCAGUGUCGUGAGUGGUGUGAUGGAUCUCAAGUCGGUCACCCGGCUGACCAACGUCCCCGACCCCAUCCUGUCGUCGGACUCGGCGACCAAGGCCCCGUCUCGGUCAUCGAUGGAGUGA